UUUGAAAAAAAUAAAAUGGAGAAAAGUGAAAGCACCGCCGAUAAGGCUUUGCGCGCUCUUCAAGCAGCCAAUGGCAAAUCGCGUAUCUCGGCCGUUGACCUGACGCCUCGACCAAUGGCGGCGGAGGAGAGGCGUGACUCGCGUGACGUCAGCCGCCUCGUCGACACUUUCCGUUACAGGAGCUCUUCCUGUAUCGACCGCUGCCGAUCGUCGCCAAGCUCCCCACGCCGUUCACCCGAGCCGACGAACAUGGACUUCUCCAUCCGCGCAGCCAACGUGGACGACUGCAAGGACAUCGCGCGCAUGCUCAUGGAAUUAGCUGAAUAUGAGAAAGUGACAGACAAAGUGAAAAUCUCUCAGAAAGACUUGGAGCAGGAUGGUUUCUCCAAGAACCCGUUCUUCCAUGGGAUCGUUGCUGAGGUGCCAGAACAGCACAAAACCAAAGAAGGUCACACCAAGAUAGGCUAUGCACUCUACUUCUAUUCCUACAGCUCGUGGGUCGGCAGAGCCAUUUACAUGGAGGACCUGUACGUGAUGCCGGAGUUCAGAGGGAAGGGCAUUGGUAAAGCAUUAAUGAGCAAGGUAGCGCAGCUGGGCCUGGCUGCCGGCUGCAGGCAGUUGAAUUUCACCGUUGUGGACUGGAACAAAUCAUCCCUGGACUUUUACUUCAGCCAGGGCUGCUUCGAUUUCACCGACAAAAUGGGCUACCACGUUAUGCACUGCGAGGGAGAGGAGCUGGAGCGGCUGGCCCAACCCUGACCAACUGCUCCGUCAACACAGUGCAGGGAUAGAGCGCCGCUCCGUGGCCCUGUUCAAACACUUGAAAAUAACAAUCAUUAAACAGAUUUCUGGAAAAAAUGACACAUCAUUAAAAUAAUUGACUGUUUGCUAAGCCACGCCCCCCCUUUUAGUUACUGUUGCUAUGUCAGGCUACACGUAGCCUCUGAUUUCAACACAGCACAUACUGUAUGUUGUGUACAGUGGCAAUAGUGUCAGACGUCCCCCCUGCAAUUAUCGCUAGCUUAUCAGACUUUUCAUUUCUAGCCAACGUCUGCAUGUUUUGUUUACUGAAAUAAAAAACAAUGGCAUAUUUUAACAACUGUAUAUUUCUAGUUAACAUGAGCUAAUUAGCUAAUGCUAAUGUUUAGCUACUAAUGCUAAAAGCAUUCUUGUAUUACAUCAAACAGGAGCUUUUGUCUUGUUGUUCAGAGAUGGUUAGCCCUAGCACAUAGCAUAGUAUUUUAGAUUUUAAAAACCCACAUAGUUUAAAUAAAGUUAAAAUGUAGUUGGGCUAGUGGAGGUUUUCUAACUGGACCUGUGGUCUUCUACUGAAAUUAUUAAGCUAGUUAGCUGAGCAUGCUAACAUGUGUGGCUAACGCUGGAGUAGAAUAAACACAAUUAAAUCUGUUCAUUAAAAUCUUGACCUUUUUUUGUUUGGUUUUGAAAAGACACGCUUCAACAUGGACAAAUUCAAAGCUUGACAGGCCGUUUUGAUUGGCCAAUCCAUGUUCGGAGGAGGGGUUUAGCAAACAAAUAAUUGGAUGCAGUUUUAAGUAUUGGAAUGGGGCCCUUUGCAAUACAUUUAAAUAGUUCACAAUCAAGGGACUGUAACCUGUGUUUUGUGUUUAUGGCAUUGUCUUUGGUUUUGGUGAAAACCUAACUUCCUGUAUUUGUGAUGGGGGGGAAUCGUAUUAGUAGGAUUAUCAUAAAGUACGACACAUAAUCAUCCAGCCAGAAGUGAAAUAUUUUUUUGCACAAAGAUCCAGAAAAACCUUAUGCACUGCAAAACCCAGGGUGUAUGUUUCAUUGUACUGCUGUGCGACUGUUGACGUUUUUGGUAUCCUAUCCCUUUAAUUUUAGUGAUCGACUAUGACAACAGCAACCAAAGAGUCUGUCGCCCCUCCCCUCGUCCUUCUGGUGAGGGGCACAGUAAAGCUGCUGUGAUACAAAUGUGGGCAUUUGCACUGUUUUCUCCCUUUUAACGGGCUACGUGCAGUUGGUCCUGAGGGGCAAUGAGAGUGUGCACAAGAGGACUCAGUGGGAUUCCACCUAAAACCCCCCUGUGUGCUGCCAAACAGCAAACUCUUUGGGGCCGGUUUCAAAGAAGUGGAUAAAGCUCAGAAUCAAACAGAAACCAUCCAUCGUGUGGAAUUUUGAAAAUCUUGGACUGGGCUGAAAUGAAAGUGGCACAACUGUGCUCUGCGAUUCUGUAUUACAUAUCCAGCAUCAUUUUUAAAUUUUUAAUUUUUUUCUCCAAAAAGAGGCCCCUUUGUAUCAUCCCCAGCCAUUUAAUGAAAACACGCUUGAGUUAUGAGUUAUAUUUAGUUUGUUUUCUCUCACUCCAAACAAGGACGAACCGCUGACCCUCCUUUCCAGCCCUGUGCAAUUUUCAUUUAUUUUCAUACCUUGUUUACAAAGUAACUGAGCAAAGAAUGUGCAGUUGUUGUUGGGUUUAUUGUUUUUUCCAUCUUUGGGGCACUGUUGUGAAAUAACCAUGUACUUUUGCUUCAAUGGCCAAAAUCCACAAAAGCCGUCAUUGUGGGAAAAAGUACAAAUGAAUGCAUGGUCGUCCAUGUCGCAGAGUGCACGGCCCAAAAUUCAAUAUUAGCGUCCAAGAGAACAUGAAGAGAUAUUUAUAUCCUCCCUAGCCAGAGCUAAAAAACUAGUGGCUCGAAUGAGGUCAAAGUUCAACCCUGAUUUCGGUCAAAUCCACUGAGUCCACAAAACUUUGAAAUGGUUGUUCAGGUCGUAGUGUUCAGUGUGUGUGUGUGUGUGUGUGUCGCAACGUCGCGUAGGCCUCAGCACAAGUAGACUUAACAACCAUGUUGAUGUGUCUGGCUCAUUUCCUCAACUUUGGUACAGUUAAGUCGUCAGGAAGAGCCCAACUGUGCGUUCCCCAGUGUGCCACGCGUGUUCAUAUUUCCAUGUGCUGUUUCCAGUGUGUUCGAUACGGGUGUCGCAAAAAUUUUUACGUGCAGUCAUUUAUUUACGUUUCUCUUCUGCGUUUAAUGUGUUCAUCUGUCGGACGUUGUCUCUGAAAUGGUAGCAUUUAAGUAGCAGUUGGAGCUCAGUGUCAUUUAUUCUCUACCACGAAUCUGAAUCAGAAGAUAAAAUACCAAAAGCCAUAUUCAGAUUUAGCCCUAGAACCUGCAUGAAAUUCAAAUGUUGGAGACGUCAGAUGUCCAGAUGUCACCCAUUGGUUCUUUUAAAAGGUUGUGUCGUGUUGUUUACUUGUUUGACUACUUCGUCCAGUAGUUCAGGGGUAAUAAAACCUGCCAGACUGUAGUUGAAUAAAGUGAUUUGUUGAGUGAA